UUUCUUGUUUUUUUUUUCAUUGCCCACUGUCUCAGCGAUAUACCUCUCGAUUCUUCAAGUUUUUCGUUUGAAAGAUCCAUUUCAUGAUGAACGAUAGGGUUCGGGCUAGAGUACGACCCGGCACCGGGCUGGACACGGUGCAAAGUAGAGGUUCGCAAUCGCAUCACGCAAGUGUCGAGCACGCCUGGUCUGAGUUAGACGGGAAGGCUGCUCGGAUGGUUAUUUUGAGUCGAAAGGUAUUGCCAGCCGCCAAGAAGGUCGUCAUGUCAUGUAGGCUUGGUGGGGAUUCGGUUUAGCGUGUGCGGGCCGGGUUGCAUGUGCCGGUGCUGCGACGGCUAUAGCGGUCAAUACAAAAGAAGCGCUAUUCAUUAUGUUU